GGUUUGUUCGCUGGUGAAGGCGCCUCGUUUUCUGAACUGCGGCACAACGAGAGCCGACCUCCACGAGGUAGUAGGAGUCUCGCUUCGCAGUCUACCACGAAUGAAGGAGUGAUGCGGAACUCCAGUCAAACGUUGACCAUCCACUGAUGGAGAUCCACCACGAACUAUCGCCAGUUUUUUUUCCCGAUACUCGACUCGGACUGACAAAAUCCGAGGCGAAUGCGUAAUUCAAAUUAUUCCUUGAGAUGAAUCUUAUCAUUUCGAUGAUCGUAUCAUAAUGUGAUAUCGUUGGAAAUUUAAUCACUCAAUUUCGCACGCGAAAGGGAAUCUUCAAAGGAAAGAUUGAUUGCAUCUCAACGGGUGGACCCAGUGGGGAUGCAAUUGGAAUUGUUUCUGAACGAUCGUUUAAUUAUCAAUUCGAGAUGGUGAAGUCUCAUUGAUCGGUGAAGUCACUCGGACAUUUAAAGGAUUGAAUGAGUACGUUCACUUGUGUGUGAUAAGUUGAAAUAAGUUCUCGGUAAUUUCGUUGGGCUUGUGAUUAUGAUGGUGAAGGACAAUGUGUGGCGUCAACGACGUCUCGCGGUUCCAAAGAGAACCAGCGAGCUCGUUGCCCUCAUCGCCCUCUCCAGCACCCUCUUUCUUUUUCUACACACACGUGAUCUACAUUCCCGAUUACGUGAGAUGGAAGUGAAAUUGCAGCCGGGGGAUAAUGAAAUUUCGGGGAAUCAAAUAUCAUCUGAAGAUAUACAGUCGGGACUGGGGGCGCAGCCACUUCAGGGGUUCAAAAGAACCAGCACAGAAUUGUACGAUCAUCUCGAUCCGCUGGACAUCGAUGCAUUGAACAAUACGAAACGAGCGGAUAAGCAUGUACUAUUCUUCAAUCGUGUACCUAAGGUCGGUUCACAGACCUUUAUGCAACUGCUGAGGAGACUCUCAAUGAGAAAUGGCUUUGCCUUCAACCGAGAUCAAGUGCAACGAGUUGAGACUAUCCGACUGGCGCCUUAUGAACAGCGUCAGCUUGUGAGGCUCGUUAACAGCUAUUCAGAACCUUCUGUCUACGUCAAGCACGUUUGCUUCACGAAUUUUUCCGAGUUCAAUCUUCCUCAGCCAAUCUACAUGAACGUCGUCCGGGAUCCGGUUGAACGAGUUAUAUCCUGGUAUUACUACGUUCGUGCACCCUGGUACUACGUCGAGAGGAAGCAAAUAUUCCCAGACCUACCACUGCCAGAUCCUGAGUGGUUGAAGAAGGACUUUGAGAGUUGUGUGUUGAAUGGUGAUCGUGAGUGCAGAUACAUCGAGGGGGAGUAUCAUGAGGGCAUUGGUGAUCAUAGAAGACAGACUUUAUUCUUCUGCGGCCACAGUGAAAAAUGCACGCCUUUCAACACCGUGGGAGCAUUAGAAAGAGCCAAACUUUCCGUGGAAAAACAUUACUCCGUCGUUGGUGUGUUGGAGGAUGUUAAUACAACGCUAACGGUUCUGGAGAAUUAUAUUCCACAAUUUUUCGAGGGUGCGAAAGAACUCUACUGGGAUGAGAUGAAUUCUUUCAAGAGAAUAAAUCGCAAUUCCUUCAAACCCCCGGUGAGCGAGGAAGUUAAAGAAAUGGUUCGUCGUAAUUUCACCCGUGAAAUUGAAUUUUAUCAGUUCUGUCGGCAACGAUUGCACCGGCAAUUUCAUGCCCUAAAGCUCUCCCCGACAUUAUCAACGAUUCAAGAUAGUGGAAACAAUCUCUAGGAAAUUGCCAACAAAUUCGUUUUUUUAUUUUUAUGAGAAUAAUGAAAAAAAAAUCAUGCAACUGUUCAUGUGAUAUAAAUAAGAAGACUCUGUUAGAAGUAGGGAAAAAAUGGAGAUAAAUAAAAUGACAGUGUUUAUUAUCGUGGACCGAUGAGAGUAUAUUGUAUACAUGGUCACGAGGGGAUGGAAUUCUAAUUGAAAUAUCUACCGGUGUUUCGACAAUUGGCUAAUCUCGAUAAAGUCACGAGGCGAGAUACAAAUUGGCAUGAGCACCGCACUUGAAGAAAUGUCUAUGUAUUUAAUAAACUAAAAUAGUCGUAAGACUCUAAUACAAAGAUUUACGUUAGGACGAGAAAGUCAUGUUCUGUAGGGAUGUGGUUCAAUAUUGUUAACAUGUUUUUAUUGGGCAUUUUUUAACGAUGCAUGAUGGAGAAUGAAAUGUGAAAAUUUUUGUCAGACAUUUAAAUUUGAACAGAUACUUUUUUUAUCAUUUCCUCGUUAAACAUUAGCUCUGUGGAUGAUCUCCAUGAAGAUUUGAAAAAAAAUUCCACCACAUUCUUACGAAAUCAAUCAAGAUCUACGAAACAGAAAGUCCGGGAAUUCAAUUUCAUUAAAUUUAUUGUCUUAAUACAACAUGUAGAACAACUUUUACAUAUAAUAAUUUUAUUGUAUAUGAAUAAUGAUACGUUAGACUCUCAAGUCUCUCUAAUCCCAUUUCCUCCUUCAUUUAAAAUAAUAAUUAAUCAUUUAUUUUCCCUCACAUAGGCAUUUUGAUAUGGGACCAUUAAAAAUACAUUAUUCAACGUUCAUUAAACGACUCCAGGUCCCUCGAUUGUAUUUACAUAAUUUCAUUUGUUAUCAUUCGAGAGAUGAGAGGAACUUACAAGCGUUCAUUCUGUGUAAAAUAUUUCGUCAAUAUAAUCGUUCAAUUUUCUGUACAAAGUAAACAACGCAUUUCCAUA